AUGUCUGGAACGGUCAUCUUCUCCGGGAUCUCGUUCUCCCCGGCACGGGGCAUCUCGGCCCAGCGGCGGGUGGUGGCGCAGGUGGCCACGGCUGCGGGGAGGAGCAGGGCACCGGCGAGCCUGUACCAGGUGCUGAGGGUGGGGGAGACGGCGACGGCGCGGGAGAUCAAGGCGGCGUAUCGGGCCAUGGCCAAGCGGUUCCACCCGGACGCAGCGCCGGCGGGCGGGGGACCUGACUUCCUGGAGAUCCGCCGCGCGUACGAGACGCUGUCCGACCCGGCGGCGCGGGCGCGGUACGACCGGUCCAUCGUAGGGCGGAUUCCUCGGGCCGGCUUCGUCGUGUCGGACCGGCAACGGUUCACAAAGUGGGAGACGGACCAGUGCUGGUAG